ACCUGACACCGGACCCGCCGCCGGGCCCCGCCACCGACGGCCCAACCACCGACGGCCCGCAGCAUCUGCCUCUGGAGAGGAGCGGGACAGCCGCACGACCACCCGCCCGCCCACCCCGAGACGCCACAGACCCGCCCGCCGACACCGACCGACGGCCGGACAGAGGGCCGGAGAGGGGGGGGCCGGCGGCGCUAUGGGGGUGCCGUGGGUCUGGCUCCUGGGGGUCUGGCUGGGGGUCUGCCCGCCCGGCCUGCGGGGCUGCCUGUGGGCCGGGGCCGGGCCCGGGACCAGCCUGCUGGCGCUGCUGGCCGACGGGGACGGUCCUCUGGGCCGGGCCACCCUGGGCUCCGUGUUAAAUACCCUGGCGGCCCGUGUGCACUGCCCCGCCGGGCCGUGUGGAAAGUGCCUGAACGAGGAGGACGCGCUGGCCCUGCUGGGGAGGUCCGAGGGGCCGGUGCUGGGCCCCGGGGAUGUGCCGCGCCUCAGUGCCGGGGCCCUGCUCUAUCUCAGUGACCCCCUCGGGGUGUGCGCCGACGCCACGGCCCGACUCUGGGGACCUCGGGCUGAAGCCCUCCUCCGGCACCUGGAAGGACCUCCGGACGACCCCGGCCCCCUGCCCGCUCCGGCCCCCGCCUCCGACAUCGCCGUGAACUCCGACCUCCUGAGCCAGCUGAUGAGGAGGGUCCUGACCCACUACCGUCCGGAGCCUGGGGGCUCCGAGCCCUGUGUGGAUGCCGGCCAAGUGUUGGCAGAAGCGGCGGGGGCCGCGGGGCCCGGGGGCCGGGGGCCAGAGCGGGGUUGCUGGCCGCCCCUGCUGGACCACGUCCUGGCCGGGUCCUGCUUCCACGCCCUGCCCCCACCGGGCUACUUCGUGGACUACGUCUUCCGACACGUCGGCAAUGAGUCCCGCAAUCUCACACUGACUGAGCUGAGCGCCCUGAUGGGACACCUAAGGGUGGGGAAGGAGGCCUCAGCCCAGCCCCACGAUCACACGGACCCCGGCCACCACGACCACGUGGACCACAGCCACUCGGAGCGACGGAGGAGGAGGAGGAGGAACGGCCCCCGGCCGGGGGAGUCUCGGGAGUCCAGCGAAGUGUGGGACACGGUGUGUCUGAGCGCGUCGGAGCUGCUGGAGGUGUAUGGGAUAGCGGGGGCCGGAGGCGUCUCCCCCGCGGCCUGGGCUCGGCUCAGUCCGGCGCUCGUCCAGCAGCAGCUGAGCGGAGCCUGCCUCCCGUCCCCCGACCCGGCCCCGUCGGCCGGACGGCUGACCCAGACGGAGAAGUACCUGUACGGGUCGCUGGCGACCCUGCUCGUCUGUCUGGGCUCUCUCGUCGGCCUCGUCUUCCUGUCCUGCUCCGCUUGCGCCGCCGCCUCCCGCUACGUCACCCAGACCUUCCUGAGCCUGGCCGUGGGUUCGCUCACCGGAGACGCCGUCCUCCACCUCAUCCCCAAGGUCCUGGGCCUGCAUUCCCACGAGGCCGAGGAGGGGCCGGAAGCCGUGGAGCCGGUGUGGCGGCUGCUGGUGGUGCUGGGCGGCUUCUACAGCUUCUUCCUUCUGGAAUCCCUCUUCAGCCUCCUGGGAGCCCACGGCCACAAGGACUCGACGGACGGGCACUGCGAUCGUGGGCUGCCCCUGCAGAUGGCACAGAACGAGCUGAAGCUGAAGAAACAGCCAUCCCCGGAGGGGUCCCGUGCUGACCUGGUCUCCAUCGACAACCCGGAGCAGGGCGGCCUGGAGACCCAGAAGUCCAGUCGGGAGUUACAGGUCCUGCCCUACAUGAUCACGGUCGGCGACGCGCUGCACAACUUCGCGGACGGGCUGGCGGUGGGCGCCGCCUUCUCCUCCUCCUGGAGCACCGGUCUGGCCACGUCGCUGGCCGUGCUCUGCCACGAGUUGCCCCACGAGCUGGGCGACUUCGCCGCGCUGCUGCACGUGGGGCUGAGCGUGCGGCGGGCGCUGCUGCUGAACUUCGGCUCGGCCCUGACGGCCUUCCUGGGCCUCUACCUGGCUCUGGCCGUGGGGGCCCAAGGGGACUUCGAGGUCUGGAUCCUGUCGGUGGCCACCGGCCUCUUCCUCUACGUGGCUCUCUGCGACAUGCUUCCCGCCAUGCUGAGCGUGAAGGACCCGCGGCCCCGGCUCCUCUUCCUGCUCCACAACGUGGGGCUGCUCGGUGGCUGGGCCAUCCUGCUGCUGCUCUCGGUGUAUGAGGAGGACAUCGCCCUCUGACCCCUCGACCCCCCCCGCCCUCGAGCAGCACCCUUUGACCCCCGAUCUCCCGGACGAGGUCAUUCCGACGUCACCGACGGGCUCCGGCUCGCCCAAGCGCUCAGUGCAGUGUCCCGCACCCGGUCAGCACUCAAUAAAUAUCGAUCGAUCGAUCGAUGGGAUCGACUCCCCCUCGUACCCCGUGAUCUUGCCGAUCUAGUCGCACACUGCCUUUCGACCUCCCCUCUUCUGUGACGCUCAAUACGGUGUCCCGCCCGCAGUAAGCACUCGGUAAAUACAAUCGAUUGUAUUUA